GAAAUUUUGUUAAAAAAAAAGUAAAGUGAAUGGUUGGAAAAUUUCUAUACCCGCGUAGCAUUUUAAAUAAAAUAUAAGAAAAAAAUUGUGAAAAAUUGCUCUAAAUACAUACACAUACAUUUAAGUGCAAAAUCCCAAUGUACUAAUAAAAAAACAGCAAAUAAAACGGUGAAAAGUUGUACAGUGCAGUGAGGAAUGGAAUAAAAAUGGUAGUGCAAAAUACUGCGUAAAACGUGAAAGUUUUUCAAUAACAAGCCAACAACGGUUUAUAGUAAAUAUACUUUUUAUAUGUAUGUAUAUGUGCAUGUGUGCGCAUACAUACACUUUUCAAAUACACAUACAUAGGAGUACACUGUUUUUGAUCUGAUUGACUGCAACGUAGACGCCAGGGAGCAAAAAACAAAAUAAAGUGAAAGAGAGAAAGAGCGACGCAAUAGCAGCGACGUGGCAGCAGCAGAGAAGCUUUGAGGUGGUAACAAAAUUGCUAAACACGUUCGUAUUGGAAUCUUUGGAGCCUGCCGCUUAAGCGGGCUGGCUGCGUUCAUACUUCCAAAUGCAUAGACAACAAGAAGAGGCACAAGAAGAAGAACAUAUGUUGCAAGCACGACGAACAGAGCAUCAGCUUCAAACACUGCAGUCUAGUUACAGUUAUCAAUUGCGACCACGACCGUUUGUUGCCUACUACAUACGCUCGUAGAGAACGAAAAGAAAAGGCGUCCAGUUCCCACAACCAAACAACAUUAAGUAGAGCACAACAACACAGCAACAAUAUAAUAAACAAAAAACGAAAAAGAAAAAAAAUAAUAAUAAAGUGAAGAGAGCAGCAAAUCAAUAACAAAAAUCCAACUCCAAGCAUGAUGAAACGCACGCGCAUCGAUGAAGUGCAAUUUGGCACACGAACUGGCCCCGGACCAGGAGGAGGAGUAGGCGUUGGUGGAGUUGGAGGUGUCGGUGUCGCUGGAUCAGCUGCCAAUAGUGCCGGCGGCGGCGUGGUCAACUCGGCUGGUGGCGUUACCAUUGGCACAGUGGUGCCAAAUGCGCACAGUGCCACAAUCAGUAGCAUUAACUCGAUACAUCAUCGGAUAUUGACGCCACAGCAUGGCGGUGCCCAGACAAUUGCCUAUCUGCCGUCCACAACGCCAACGGCGGCUACGAAUCUGAAAACAACGAGCAGCAGCAGCAACACCGCCAGCAUUGUCGAUAGCGCCAGCACCGGUGCUCAAACAACCGCUGUGGUGCCCGUUGGCGUUGGCGGCGUCGUCGUAUCCACGGGCAGUGCGGCCACACAAACCUUGCAGUAUACCACAUCUUACAGCGUCGCCUCCAUACAAGCGGGUGGCACUUUAAAAGCCAGUCCAGCGGACAGCAAUGCAGUGCAGAUUCAUGUCACAGGAAGCACUGCAGUGCCUGGAGGAGGCUCGCAGACAGUCUCAAGCAGCUGCCAGACAGCUGGCACAAUAAGACAGCGGACAAUUAGCGGCACACAGACAAACGCCAGCAGUGUUGGCGGCAAUCUGACCACAACGGCACAGCAAACCCAACCCCCAACCACACAAUCGCAGCAACAAACGCCUCCCAAUGGACCCGGUGUGGGUGCAGUAGGAGCUGGAGCAGCAGCAGCUGCUGGCAAUAGCACUCCUCCGCAGGGCGGCGGUCAAUUGGCUGGCGGCAGUGCCGCCGCGCCACGCCUCAAGGUCGAGGAUGCGCUCAGCUAUCUGGAUCAGGUGAAAUACCAGUAUGCAGAUCAGCCACAAAUCUACAAUAAUUUCCUCGACAUUAUGAAAGAAUUCAAGUCGCACUGCAUCGAUACGCCCGGCGUCAUAGAGCGCGUCUCGACGCUCUUCAAAGGCCAUGCCGAACUCAUCUAUGGCUUCAACAUGUUUCUGCCGCCUGGCUACAAGAUUGAAAUGCAACAUGAUGCGCUCGGUUUCUCGGUGCCCGUCGUCUCGAUGCCAUCGCCGCCAGGUGCGCCCAGCAGCACCGGCACCGUGCACAUGAUUGCCGGUACCGGCAACAGUCCGUUGGCAACGGCGGGCAACGUAAAUGCGCACACAACGACGCCCACCUCGUCUCUGAAGCCAACAGCGUUGGCACAAACUCCUGGACCACCAGUUGGCGGUGCUGCGGCGGCGUCAGUAGCGGCUGUGCCACAAAUACAAACGGCUGGUGCCGUCAAUUUGAUGACACACGGCGGUGCAUCGCUCACCCAGACUACCAUACAUGCACUGCAGCCGUCUGCUGGAGCGGCACAAUCGCCCGGCGGUGGUCAUGUGCAUGUGACGAGCAGCUCAGCAACUGUGCCACCAGCUGGUGUUGGUGGCGUGGGCGUCUCCGUGUCGGCGCAUAAUAUACCGCAAAACUAUUCGAGAGAUCGCGGGGAGCAGCGUGCAACGAUCACGCCAACGGGUCCGGCUUCGGUGCCGGCGCCUGGCGGUGCCAGCAUUGUGGUUGGUGGUGGUCCGCCAACACCCAAUUCAUUGAGUGAGCUGAGUCCGCAUGCGGCGGCAGCGGGUCAGCACAAUUUGCAUCACAUUCAGCAGGCGCAUCAAUCGAUACUGCUGGGCGAGACGACGGGCCAGCAGAAUCAGCCUGUGGAGUUUAAUCACGCCAUCACCUAUGUGAAUAAAAUUAAGCAUCGCUACCAAAGCCAGCCGGCCAAGUACAAGAAAUUCCUGGAGAUACUCCAUGCCUACCAAAAGGAGCAGAAGGUGAUGAAGGAGAGCAGCGGCGGCGUCGGUGGCGGCGCCAUGACUCAAGACAAAAUGCUCACCGAACAGGAGGUCUACACCCAGGUGGCCAAACUCUUUGGCCAGGACGAAGAUUUGCUGCGUGAAUUUGGCCAAUUUUUACCCGAUGCAACCAAUCAUCAGUCGUCGGCAGCGGCAGCAGCAGCCGCACAAUACAUGUCCAAAUCGGCGCUGCACAACGAUCAUCACAAGAAGCAACAGCAGCAGCAACAAACGGUGCAACAGCAACGCACAACAACAACGGCCACAUUGAGUGGCGGUGCCCACAUCAGCAUGUCCUCGGCAUCGCCAUCGGCUGUGCCCAACAGCGGCUCGCCGUUGCAUCUCAGCAGCGGGGCGACGCUGUCGCAAAUCGACAGCAGCAGCGCACACGCGCAUGCCGCGGCCAUUGGCAACUUGUCGGCUGUUAAUACGAGCGUCAGCAUCAAAUCCUGCGGCGUGCAACAGAAUCACAUUAUUAGCAGCAGCGGCGGUAGCAUUUUUGAGAAGGAAUAUCAUGGCUUGGGCCAGCAACAACAGCAGCAGCAACAACAGCAACUUCAGCAGCAACAGCAUCGUGGUUUGCCGCCCCAUCUGCAGGGCGGCCAGACGGCUGCUGGAUUACGUGGCACGGCGACUGGCGGUGCAAUGUUGGAUCAGCGCAACAACCAUCAUGCCCAGAAAUAUGUGGCACAGCAUCCGCAUCAAAAUAUGUCGCAGAAAAAGUCACCGAGCUACGGUGGCGGCAACAUGGCUAAUGCCAAUAUGCCGCAUCAUCAUCAUCUGGGCGAGAAUUCGCUCGAUCGCAAUUCGCCCAACAUUGCAAGCUAUGUGACGCCAGCACAAUUGCCACCGCAUCCGCAUCACAAUGCGCACAACUCGAGCGGCGGCAGCAACAGGCAACGGCAAGUGGAUGAAUUGUCCACAGCGGCAACAAUUGGAAGCGCUCUCAGCUCAGGAGGACCACCGCCAGCGAAGCGUCCGAAGCCGUAUUGUCGCGACGUCAGCUUCUCGGAGGCGUCGCGCAAAUGCACCAUCUCGGAUGCUGCCUUCUUCGAUAAGGUGCGCAAAGCAUUGCGCAAUCCCGAAGUCUAUGACAAUUUCUUGCGGUGCCUAACACUCUUCAAUCAGGAGAUUGUCUCCAAAACGGAGCUGCUCGUCUUGGUGUCACCGUUUCUCGUCAAGUUUCCCGACUUGUUGCGCUGGUUUACGGACUUUUUGGGUCCGCCUAUGUCGGGACAACUUAGCGGAGCCGCUGGCGCUGGCGGCUUGAUCGAUGGCCUGCCUUUGGCGGCCACUCAACGGCAGGGCAGCAACAGCAGCUCGCACGAUCGUGCAAGCAGUCAUCAGAGCACGGAUUAUGUACAAGAUGUGGAUCUAUCACUCUGCAAGCGCCUUGGUGCCUCCUACUGCGCUCUGCCACAAUCCACGGUACCCAAGAAGUGCAGCGGACGCACUGCGCUUUGUCGCGAGGUGCUCAACGACAAGUGGGUCUCGUUUCCGACGUGGGCUAGCGAGGAUUCCACGUUUGUGACCUCGAGGAAGACACAGUUUGAGGAGACGAUCUACAGGAAUAUUCACAGAACGGAGGACGAGCGUUUCGAGCUGGAUCUGGUGAUUGAGGUGAACAGCGCCACAAUUCGAGUGCUCGAGAAUGUGCAAAAGAAAAUGUCCCGGAUGUCACCCGAAGAGCUGGCCAAAUAUCAUUUGGACGAUCAUCUGGGUGGCACUUCGCAAACAAUACAUCAGCGAGCUAUUCAUCGCAUUUAUGGCGACAAAUCCGGCGAAAUUAUUCAGGGCAUGAAGAAGAAUCCUUCAGUCGCGGUGCCCAUUGUACUCAAGCGACUGAAGGUCAAGGAGGAGGAAUGGCGGGAUGCCCAAAAGAGUUUCAACAAGCAGUGGCGCGAACAGAACGAGAAAUACUAUCUGAAAUCUCUGGAUCAUCAGGCCAUCAAUUUCAAGCCCAACGAUAUGAAGGCGCUGCGUUCCAAGAGUCUGUUCAAUGAGAUUGAAACGCUGUACGAUGAGAGGCAUGAUCAGGAGGAUGAUGCCAUGGAGGCGGGUGGACCGCAUCUUGUCCUGCCAUACAAGGAUAAGACCAUACUCGACGAUGCGGCCAAUUUGCUUAUCCAUCAUGUGAAACGGCAGACGGGCAUCCAGAAGCAAGAGAAGCAGAAAAUCAAACAGAUUAUUCGACAAUUUGUGCCUGAUUUGUUCUUUGCGCCUCGGCAACCGCUCAGCGACGAUGAACGCGAUGAUGCCUUUCAAUUUUUGGUAGAUGACACUAAAAUGGACGUCGAUUCGCCGCUGAGUCGCUGCGCCCCCAAAGGCGUUGGCACGCCCAGCAGCGAAGGCGCCUCCCCAGCGCGCAGCAAUGCGAGCAGCAGCAGCAAUAGCAACAAUGCGAACAAUGCAGCAGCUGUGGCGGCCUCCAUCAAGAAGGAGUCGGAGGAGGCGACGGCAAAGGCAACGACGGGGGCAACCGCGUCUUCAGAUGAUGCAACGCCGUCGACGUCAACAGCAGCAGCGGCGGCAGCAGCAACAUCAUCAUCUUCAGCAACUGUCGGCGAUGCAAAGGACAACAAGGCCGAGUCAGAGGAGGGAGCGACGAAGAGCAACAACAAUAACAACCUAUCGGCAACUGGCGCAAGUCCAAGAAGGCCAGAAGAUGCAGCAGCAGCCGCGAGCGCCGAGUUGAGUGUGAAGCAGGAGCAAGUGGAUUUUGCGAAUCACACGCUACUGCCAGCGCACGCGCAGGGACAACGCGAGAACGAAUCCUACUCGCUGUUUUUCGCCAACAACAAUUGGUACCUGUUCAUGCGGCUGCAUGCGAUUCUUUGCGAUCGUCUGCAUGUGAUGUACGAGCGUGCUCGACUUUUGGCCAUCGAGGAGGAGCGUUGUCGUGUUAAUCGGCGAGAGAGUACGGCAACGGCGCUGAGACUGAAACCCAAGCCCGAUGUGCAGGUCGAGGAUUACUAUCCCACGUUCCUGGACAUGCUCAAGAAUGUGCUUGACGGCAACAUGGACUCGAAUACCUUUGAGGACACGAUGCGUGAAAUGUUUGGCAUCUAUGCCUACAUUUCCUUUACGCUAGACAAGGUGGUCUCGAAUGCUGUGCGGCAACUUCAGUAUUGUGUCACAGAGCGUGCCGCCCUCGACUGUGUGGAGCUCUAUGCCAGCGAACAGCGACGCGGCAGCACUGGAGGAUUCUGUCGCGAGGCACACAAGAGCUUCGAGCGGGAGAUGGGCUAUCAGCGCAAGGCCGAGAGCAUUCUUAACGAGGAGAACUGCUUCAAAGUGUAUAUUUACAAGAUUGAUUGUCGCGUGACCAUCGAACUGCUCGAUUCGGAGUCCGAGGAGACGGAGAAACCAGCCGUGUUGAAGGCACAAAAGUUUAGCAAAUAUGUUGAACGUUUGGCGAACCCAGCAUUGGGUGGUGGAGUAGGUGGAAGCGGAGGGGGAGGAGGAGGUAAUGGAGGCAACAAUGCUACCUCGGGCAAUGACAACAUGGUGGAAUCAACGGACAUCAAAAUGGAAGAGGAAGAGGAGAACGCCGAGCUGGUGCGUGGGGCACGUAAAGCGCGCUUCCUAUUGCGCAACAAGCGUCGAUCGCAGUUGCACGAAGAGCAGGUGCGUCAACUCUUCGAACAGAAACGUCACUGUGGUGCUGCAUCCGAAGCGAAUCCUCCAUCCACUGAUGGUGGCGCAACACCAAAUAGCAACAACAACAACAAUACUAAUACCAACAAUAACAACAACAGCAGUUGGAACAAGCGGGCACCAGAGAGAUUGGGUGCAGCACAACUGGGCCUGGCAGAGCAGUAUGCCUUCCAUGAUCGCGACGAAAUCAGCACAAAUGCCAGCAAUGGACGCUGCUUUGUGACCAGCAAGAAUCUCAAUCUACUCAAAUACGAUGCAGUGCGUCGUGCCAAGAAGAGUCAUUGCCGCGUCACACAGCUCAAGUACAAGCGUUUUCAGAGCUAUGUCAACAAGUGGCUGCAACAACACGUCAGCGAACAGUCGCAGCAACAUUGCAGCGACUGGUUGCUGGGCAAGACGCCGGAGCAGAUCAAUGCCAGUGGCUGGGGCGCCACCAGCAAGACGAAGUCGUUGCAGCAAAAGGAUACGUCGAAGACGCCUUAUCGCAUCUAUACGCGCUACAAGGUGCUGCAGCCAACGUCAAGCAGCAACAACAGCAGCAGCAGCAAUAUUGCUACAGCUGCGACCGCAGCACUGCCAGCAACAGUUGCUGCUGUGGCAGCCACAGCGACCGCAGUCGUCUCGGUGGCCAAUAAUGCAGCAGCCGCUUCCACAGGCAGCAGUUUGUUGAAUGCUGCUGAAACAACGACUACAACGAAUGCGCCGCAACAGCAUUGUAACAGCGCUGCGGCAGCUGCCACGGCUGGCGGAAAUGCAGAGACUGGAUUGCAGCAGGUGCGACCAAUGGAAAGCUAACCGUCGAUUGCAGUCGGCGUCGCUUGGCCAAAUGCCUUUAGGUGAAGUCCACGCCCCCGUUUCGUCGUACUUUACUGCAAAAGCAAAACAGUGUUGAUAUAUUUAAAUUGUGAUAGCAGUUGCUGGACAUGUUGCCGGUCGACGGGGGACGGACGACAACAACCUGGCAUAUUGUUGUGUGGCUAAAUACUAACAAUUGAUAAUUGGAAACUAUAACAGCACCACACAACACGCAAAAUAAUUCUAAUUCAACUGCGCAAGCUCUCGUUUUUCACUUUGUACAAAAGUCAUUUAAAUUAUAGGCGUAGUAUUGCUCCUAAUAAGAAUUUUAAUAGGCUUAUUGCAACAACAACAACCACAACCACAUUUUGAGUAUCGUUUAGUCUUAGUCUUUACUCUCUAAUGUAUGGCAGCGUUUGUAGUUAAUAAGAGAUUUACACACACAACCACACGCAACACGCGCUUUGUCAUUUAAGCUCUAGUUAAGUUGAUAUUGAUAUCGGAGCGUCUAUUUAGCUUUAAGAUUUUAUGAACACACACAGAGAACUUUUUAAUUCUACACGCAACAUUUAACGUAUUUUUAUACAACAAAAAAACAAAACAAAAACAAACCUUGUACAAUUCCUUGUGAAUACUAUUGAUUAUAUGCAUAGUUUAAGCUUAAUUUAAGUUGUAAAAAAUCAAAUGAGCUAAUUAAAAACAAACCUAUCAAAAAUGAAAA